UCUUUCUAGAUCUUAAUUGCCAAGGGAAUUGCUAUACAAUUCUUUCAGUUUCUGUUUAAUAUGACUUCAUCACUCUGGAGUGAAUAAUCAAAGCAAGAGUAAUGCAGUGGACCAAUGGCAGCAGACUCCUUGGGUUCAUCCUGGUAGGUUUUUCUGACCGACCUCAAUUACAGCUCAUUCUCUUUGGGGUAAUCCUGUUUCUUUACUUCAUGACGCUCCUCGGCAACUCUACCAUCAUCCUCGUAUCCCUCUUGGAUUCUAAACUCCAUAAUCCCAUGUACUUUUUCCUCUCCCAUCUCUCCUUCCUGGACCUCUGCUUUAGCAGCAGUAUUAUUCCUCAGCUUUUAGUCAACCUGGGGAGUUCUGAUAAGUCUAUCACAUAUGGUGGCUGUGUGGUUCAGCUCUAUGUCUCCCUUGCCCUGGGAUCCACGGAGUGUGUCCUUCUGGCUGUAAUGUCCUAUGACCGCUAUGUUGCAGUCUGCCGUCCUCUACAUUAUGCCUUUGUCAUGCACCCUCGGUUCUGUAACAUCCUGGCCUCUAUGGCGUGGCUCAGUGGGGUGACGACCACCCUUAUACAGUCCACCUUCACCCUACAACUCCCCUUUUGUGGGAAUCGCAAAGUGGAUCAUUUCUUCUGUGAAGUUCCUGUGCUCAUCAAGUUGGCUUGUGUGGACACUACUUUCAACCAGGCAGAACUCUUUGUGGCUAGUGUCUUAUUCUUGGUGGUGCCAUUGUCACUCAUCUUGCUGUCCUAUGGGAACAUUGCUCAAGCAGUUCUGAAGAUAAAGUCAGCCAUUGGACGACAUAAAGCAUUUAGGACCUGCUCUUCCCACUUGAUGGUUGUCAUCAUCUUCUAUGGAACCAUUAUCUUCAUGUAUCUCCAGCCAGCCAAGAGUAGAUCCAAGGACCAGGGAAAGUUUGUGUCUCUCUUCUACACUGUGGUGACGCCCAUGCUUAACCCCCUUAUUUAUACCCUGAGAAAUAAGGAAGUCAAAGCAGCACUGAAAAAAUUUAUGGGGAAAACUUUAUGA